CACUGUCUACAUUGCGUUGCAGCAGUUCUAGAUUGGGGUUUAUGGGAUAGUCAAUUGUCCUGUCCUAGUGGAUGUGCUUUUAUUCACUUCAGAUAGUUAUAGAGAGUUAAUAUUGAUGGAGACAUUUUUCCAGAUGAGUAAUAAUCAGACAACUGUGGAUAUAUUGGAGAUAGAAUUGUAUGGGUAGUCAAUGAAGUGCCACAAAUUGCGUGAUUCUCCUUUCAGAGGAUUUUUUUUUUCAAGUGUGUUGGUUUUUAAAAAGUCUUCUCAGCAUGACAAGGUAAAUUUUCUUUUCUUCAUUUAUAUUGUUCAAGUGGCUUAUACAUUUCUUAAAUGGAGUGAAAUACUUCUAUUUCAUCUUUGUAUAUAGCACAUAGUUUUCCAAAAAAAUGUCUAUUAUCUUAGUUCCCAAAAUUGCACAAUGCUGCAUUUUCCUUUUAAAAUGGAUGCAAAGUGAUUUUUGGCAGAUGAGUCAUGAAUCCAUUGUCAGAAAUACACUAUAUCAUUUUUCUCAAAACUUCUUUGUUGUGAACAGCAUAUUUCAUUUUCUGUGGAGUAUUUCCCCAAAGUAUGAUUUCAUUCAUUCAGGAUGUAAAUUCAGAGUUUGAUGAGGACAUAAAUUUUAAUUCUACAGAAGGAAGUUGGUUGUGUGUUGUUCAUUUAAAAAAUCUGUAUCAGUAAUCAGUACAUGCACUAUGAAUUCUUGUUGGUAUGUAUCAGUUUAUUUCAUAAAUAUAUCAUUUCAUAAGUACAUAUGCAUUUUUAAUCUCCAUUUGAAAAAAACAACCCCACAUUGAUUUUUAUUGAUGUAUGUUGUGCGUCAGAAAUAUACAGAUUAUUGUUUUUUAGUGAAAUUAAUUUUAAUAUAUUAAAAUACUUAUAGUCCAGAAGACAACAUCUUAUUUGUCAUGCACAUGAAUAUUAAUGAAUAUACUAGUAAUUAAUGCCAUAAUAAUAUUGGACUUGCAUUGGUGUGAGUUAUUCUGUCGUGAAUUUGUAUUUUACCCUGGAGCUAUGUGCAUGAAUUCUUUAAGGACAUGGACAAGUAUCUAAAAAUACAAUGAUCCACAAGAUCUUCACACACACAAAGAUGUACCAGUUCUAAAGAUGGUGUUUUGGAGGUCUAUAGACAUGGUUUGUGGAUGACCCUCUCUUAAUUAAUGGCUUUAGAAAUUACACAAAAAAGCACACAAUUCUUCAAAAGGAUUUACAGUAUGUGAAAAUGUAUGUUAUAAACAAGCUAUCCAUGGAAUAUUGCAUCUACUCGGGGUUUGGUUGUACAUAUUGGGCAUGCAUUUUUGUACAAAACUAGAAGAGUUUUGUUUUUGCUUGUUUUAACCAUCUGAUGGCCCUAACAGUCAAACAAUCAUAGAUCAAAGUUGACAUUUAUUGAUCAAAGGACAUUUUGUUUUAAAUGUGUGGCAUGGAUGUUUUAAAUCAAUCCUUGUCUAAUAAAUAGGAUUAGAAUUUACCUAAUGAGGAUAAAAUCAAAGGCAGAACAAAUUGGUGAUUGAGAAAGUAUGUACAUACAUUUUAUUUUAUCAAUCUGAGCCAUGAUGGAUUUUAACACCUGCCCUUAUGUGUAUUCAUGAAGCAGAAUCUGCCCUGCUGAACUACUUUGGCCAUUACACAAUAUAAUGGCAGAGUAUGUACAAAUCUUGACAAGAAAACAAGCAAGGUGUUGAAUUCUAGGUUGAUCAUUAAAUAAAUAGAAGGAAUGUUGAUUAUAGGUGGGACUGCUGAAUGGCUGUACAGGAUAGAAUCCUGUCUGGUAUGGGAGAGAAUUAGCAGGUCUUCUAAGUGAUUGCUGAACAGAACUGCUGUUAAGUGUACUUUCUUGUUGUUCCUCUACAAUGGUGUGUUGGGAAUCCUAAAUCUUGCCAUUGCCUUAGAUGUUGAUGACUUGCCGCUAGUAGUAUAUCAUUUUUAUGAGGUAUAAUAGAGAUUGAGGACAAGAUUUAGGCAUAAUACACAUGGUAGAUAAUGCAAAUUGUGAACAAAAUGGAAUCUAGCAGUGAAAACAACAUGGAGGAAAAAGUAGCAGACAAGGAGAGGGCUAUAGUCUGUGAUGUGGACUUAAAUGAAAAUUUGUCUAUACAAGGGGAUGGAAAUACUGUGACAGAUGUCAAUAAGAAUAUAGCAAAAAGUGAAAAACUGGAACUGCAUGACAAUUCUCAAAUAAGCCAUAAUACCAUUGAAGCAGAUCUUAGUCCAACUACAGAAAACUGUGAACUUCAUAUUUCAGAAGGAUCUGAUACCGAAGGUGAAAGCCCAGAAGUAUACAAAGAUAACAGUAAAUUUAAUGGAGAAAACAACGGGGAAAACAAUUGUAAGGCCUGUGAUCAAAAUAAUUGUGAAACAGAGAAGGAUGAAACAGAUAUGUCAGACACUAAAGACCCUACACCGGUGUCAGCAGGGACAACAACAGAUGUGAAAGAUAAAAACAGUGAUAGUGCUGAUUAUUCAACAGAUGAAUCCUGUACAACAAGUGACUCGAAUUCAGAGAAGACGACAUCUGAAGAAAUACAAGAUAAUGCAAACAAAUCUGAUGAUUUGGAAAUUCAUAGUGAGAAUAGUAAGAGUCAAAAUGAAGAUGACAACAAUGUGCCAAUAUCUAAUUUGACAUCAGACAACAGGGAUUUGACAGAAAAGUGUAAGAAAUCAUCAAGUGAGGCAACCACAAAAGAUGAUAGUAGCUCUGAAGAGACAUUCACAUCUGCAGAAAACUCCACAAAAUGCAAUGAUGGAAAUAGUUAUCAUCAGGACAGUGAUAUUGUGGACUCUAAUGCUGCUAAACCUUGCAAUGAAGAAAACAUUGUUGAUGAAAACUGUAAUGAAGAGAUCCAAGGAAAUGAUGAUAACACCAAUGACUCGGUAAAUAACGAUGACAAAGAAUCAACAAAGUCUGAAAUAGAAAUGAAUGAUUCAGAAAAAAAUUCCUCAGUCAUUGAAUAUAGUGCAUCAGAAAAGAAGGUAGAGGAUGUAAAAGACACCCCCAAAGAUUCCAAUCCAGGAAAUCAACCUGAAACAGAAAAUGAAGUUGAACUAUCAAAACUUAGUGAAAAUGUUUCUGAAGAAAAACAUGAAGAUGACUGUAAUGUUGAUAGUACUGAAAUAACACCAUCAUCUGAAACUGCCAGUGAAACCUCAAAUUGUGCAGAUAGCAGCAAGGAUGGUAUGGCUCAAACUGACUCUAAAGACAACCUUGAACACAUAAUUGAUGGCACUGCAAGUGCACAAAGAGAACAAGAAUCAAUAACUGAAACCAAGAAGGAAAUUGAAACUGAAGUAGACACAAAUCUGUCUGAAAAUGCCAGCAAUGUUAACAGUCACAACAAUAUAGAAACUGUAGAGGGGGGUCAAGUACCAAGUAAUGCUGUGCCCACCUCAGAAGUACAACAGGUAGAUAAACAAGUGGAGACAGACAUUUGUAAUGACAAAUGCCAAACAGUGGAUACGACCUCUGAAACAAUACCACUGGAAAAGUCAGACUUACAGAGUGAUAGUGAGUGUGAUAGAAUAGAACAUAUUGCUGAAAACGAUGAACUCGGUGCUAUGCAGCCCCUAGAUGGAACUGUUACGGAGGAUAUGAGAGAAAAUGUUGAUGGCAUAUGUGAUGGAAUACCAAAAGUAGAGAAGGGGGAAAAUGACAAUGAUGAAGCAGUGCAAACAGAAGACAAAGAGAUGGAUACGUCAUCUACACAAACAGUUCCAAGAGAAUCCAAAGAUCAGAGCAGUGAAACAAACACACAAAAUGUAGGAUCUGUGGAAACUCAAACACCUGACCAAAUAGUCAAAUGUGAGCACAAGAAGACAGGAACAGACACUGUAGAAGAGGCAAAAAAGACUGAGGUUUGUGACAAAGAGACGUCAGUCUCAACACUAGAAAGCACAGACAAAUCUGUUCAAACAGAGUCAGAGACUAAUGCAGGAGACUUGUCAAAAUUGGAAGAAAGAUUUGUAGAGGAAAUUAAACAAUCUAUUGAGCCCGAAAAUUUUGAGCAAGCCAUUCAGACAGACAAGCAAGAAACCAGUUCUCUGAUGACCCAAACAGAGAAUCUAGAUUCAAAGAAAGAGCAAGCACUUGAAGAGGAAACAGAUAUGCUGAAGGAUCAGUUGUCUGAGGCCAAGAAAAUGAUCCAGUGUCUACAAGCUGAGUUAGCCAAAACUAAAGCUCACAGCAACUAUGCAGUGACUACUCUUCAGUGCCAACUAAAGAAAAGUCAGGAAAUGCAACGGGCCCAGAGGUGUCAGUCAGACAGACAAAUGGGUGAGGUGCUAGCACAUCUGCUCUUCCUGGAAGGGCAAGUAAAGAAAGACAAAACUCACAUUAAACAUAUCUUAAGACAAAAAGAUGACAUCAUUCAAAAACAGCAAUGUGACAUUGAGGAUUUAAAGAAUACAAACCAAAGAUUGAUAGAGGCUGUAAGGGAGCACUAUGCGAGGAAAGGCAAAAAUGGAUUGUCAAAGGAUCACUGUGAAAGCAUUCAAGGUGCUGAAGCUGAGGUACCUUGCAGUCCAAAAGUGAAAGAAAAAGUGAAAAACAGGGGUGCUUUUGGUUCAAUGAAAGAUAUUUUGUGGAAACAUCGAAGCAGUAUGGAUCUCUCGGAGGCAGGCAUGGAAAUUCAAGGAAAUCUCAAGAAAGAUCGACAGUACAGCAGUCAGGAAAAUCUGUUUUCUUUGGGUAGGAAGAACAAGGAAGCUAGAGAGAACAGAGACAAAAAGUGCAAAAGCAUUGCUGGCUACCCCGAUCAUUCUUUGGACUACCUCAUUCCUGAGGAAUCCGAGCUUCGAGAUAUCUCAUUACAUGGAAGUGAUUCAUCAAUAACAAAGAGUCAGAGAAGUGGUCGAAAUGUCAGCUGGGGCAGUGAUAGUAGUGAUGUGAAUAUUUCUCAUGAAAACAGUGGCCAUCUCAUGGUAACAUCACCAAGUCAAAUGAUGUCAGCUGGUUCUAUGCCCACACUAACUAAAAAUUCAAAUUUGGAUUUAGUGACGAAAGAGCGGCCACAUUCUAUUUCCAGCAUCGAAAGCUUGUCUCGUGAGAACUGUUCCUCGAUCCCCGGUACACCAAAAAUGGAAGAGAAAGUUUCCCACCAAGUGUCACCAGAGUCAUCCAAUCCAUUCAAAAAUCUCAAAACUAUCUUGAAACGCAAAGGAAGUAAAAUGAAAAACAAGAAACGAACCGUUUCUCUGUCUCACAGUGCCAAUCCUGAGUAUGAAGAAGCUAUGAAAAAACAUUUUGAAAAGUAUGAAAUGUCAUAAAUUCAUUUUGUAUGGGAACUUGUACAGCAUCAUUAUACAUCUGACACUGUUCUGCUCCUUGCACUUCAGAAUUCUAGUCUUGCUACCUGAAAAGGUUGUGGAGUAUUGUGUAUUGGAUUACUAGAAUAAGUGAUUUUUAACAAUCUAUCCUAUUUACCAAGCAGUUAUUUUUCCACAAGAUGUGCAUCAGUUAUUAUAAAGAGCUUCUUUUUUUUAAGAAAAAAAAAAAAAAGACUAACACCUGAAACUACCAUGCAUAAACCUAAUAACUACUUAUUCAACUGAUGGCAAUGAGUAUGCAUUAACUUGUACAAGUUUUUUUAUGUGGCUUAAAUUAUUGUUUCAAAACUUCUGUAUCAAAGCAGAUUUUAAAUUCUUUAUUUUAUUCUUCCUACAAGUACAAUAUUAUACCCUUAUAUGCAAAUUGUAUAGGCAAUUCUUUUCUGAAUUCAUGCAUGUUUUUACUAUACUGAAAUUAUGUAAAAGUGCUACUGGGCAUUUUGCUUUCUGAUAAUUUGUUGUCACUUCAGAAGUGUUCAGAAUGAUGUAUAAAAUGUAUACUUGAGUGAUAAUUCAGUUGGUUUGUUCCAUCAAAUUCAAGUAAAAUAAUUGGAUAGAGACCAUGGCAUGAAGUCAUUUGUGUGUUCUUGAUGUAUACAUAAACAUUUCAGACUAUAUAUGUUUAUCCUUGUAUAGGCUUUGAUGUUAUUUUAAUGUCAGUUAAGGGCUAGAAAGCAUAUUUAAACUCUUUCAGCCUGUUAAUCCUCCCUGCACAUUGAACAUUUUAAAAUGAAGAUAUCACUGUUAAUGACAAUUUAAAGCCAUUUUAAACUUCUUAAUAUAAUGAAUAGUUUUUGUGAAAUUUAUAUAUUUCUUUAAAUAAAUUAAAUUGUUUCCAUUUUGAAGUAUUGUAUGGUGAAACAUAAUUAUUCACUUUAAUGUAUAUAUUUUUAAAAAAAAUUAAAUUUUUAUUCAUAGAGGCGUAGAAGAGGAAAAUCAAUCUUUAAUCUAAUUUCCAAUUUCCUGUCGGACAUAAAGAUCCAAACAUUUUCCUUAGUUACAAAAUGAAAUGACCCUAGUGACCUCCCCUUCUGACCCCCCCCCCCCCCCCCCCCCCCCCCCAAUGAUACUCCUGAUAUACUGCCAUUAUGAUGAAAACUUAGAUGAUAUAUUUAAACAAUAUUCGUUGGUGAUAAAUUAAUGAGACCCAUGUUAAAAUAAACAUACAAUACACAGUGAAAUAAGUCUGUUUUCGUGUUUGCAUGCUUUUAUAAGACACCAUAUACAUUCAAAAAUAUGUUACAAGACCGUGGUAUUUAGGUGAAGGCAUUUUUUUUGUACAAGUUUAUAAUUCUGACCUGAAUCUAGAUUAAGGUGCUAGUGUUUGACAUUUUUGUGGAAGAAUCAGAUUUUCAUUUUUCUACAAUGGAGAACGUCAAAAAUUUUGAUGAUUGUUUUUGUGCUGUUUUUCUCUUUUGUUUGAGCUUAUUAGUGCCUAAACAUUGUUUUGCUGUGAAAUGUUUUGUACAGUUAUAUGCAUAAUGAACUCAUGCAUACAUAAACCAGAUCUUCUCUCUUCAA